AUGACAUCGCCCGCAGCAUCACCACAAAAGCCAGCCAUCACCAACUCGACCGCGUCUCCAGUCCGUUUGCCGAGCGUACAGCCGACUCCCACGCACAACUCGCAGCCCACCGCUGCACAGUCCGUCCAGGGAAAAUGGCAGUGUGCUCUGAGGGACAACCCGGUGAUCGCCAGCGGAACUAUGGCUUGGACGAGAGUGUGGAGAUUUUCCAAGCUCCUGUUGCAGACCGGAUGUUAG